AUGGGGCCACCGGGCAUCCUGCCUCUCCUGCUGGUGCUCCUGGGCUGCUCUGCUUCGGUGAGCGCCCAGGCCAGAGCCACACCCGCAGUGGCGACGGAGGGCCCCUACUCCACCGAGGCAGCCGCUGCCACUCUCGGACCCUCCCUGUCGCCUAGGCCACCCGGGAGUUCCAGGACCCCAGGACCCUCUUCUGGCUCCAGGCCCACCCCGGUCACGGACGUUACUGCUCUCUGUGUCUGUGACUUGUCUCCAAUGCAGUGUGACAUCAACUGCUGUUGUGACCCCGACUGCAGCCCUACGGAUUUCAGUGUCUUUUCUUCCUGCUCAGUUCCCGUUGUCAUGGGUGAUAGCCAGUUUUGUAGCCAAAAAGCAGCUACAUAUUCAUUGAAUUUUACAGCAAACCCACCUCAAAGGGUAUUUAAACUUGUAGACCAGAUCAACCCAUCCAUUUUCUGCAUUCAUAUUACAAACUAUAAACCUGCAUUAUCAUUUAUUAAUCCAGAAGUGCCUGAUGAGAACAGUUUUGAUAAGCUGAUGACAACAUCUGGUUUUACAUCGAAUGUGGAAUCAGAUGUUUCUUUCAUAACCCGGUUGGAGGCUUCGAAUCCUGCUAAAUACGAGUAUGGGGUUCCUCUGCAGACUUCAGACUCAUUUCUGAGAUUUCCUUCGCCUCUUACAUCGUCUCUGUGCACUGAUAAUAAUCCGGCAGCAUUUCUGGUGAACCAGGCUGUUAAGUGCACCAGAAAGAUCAAUUUAGAACAGUGUGGAAAAAUGGAAGCCCUUAGCAUGGCUUAUUACAGCAGCCCCGAAAUUCUGAAGGUGCCUAAUUCAAGAACAAAGGUCCCCGUCACCGUUCAGUCCAUCGCCAUUCGAUCGCUCAGUAAAACGCUAACCCGACUGGAAGAUGCUGCGGUACUGCAGCCGGCCCUGGUCAGUGCUGGCCAUGUUGGAGUCUGCGUCAACGUCGUUCUUGAGGCCAAGUACAGCCUCACGUAUACAGAAGCAGGUGCAAUAACAAAAGCCGAUCUCGCUCUCCUUCUGGGCACAGUGAGCAGUACGGUGUUGCCACUGCAGCAAAAGUUUGAAAUUCGUUUUAUUCAGCAAAAUACAAAGCCAGUUCCUCUCAGUGGAAACCCUGGUUAUGUUGUGGGACUCCCGCUAGCCGCUGGAUUCCAGCCUCAGAAGGGGUCCGGGAUUAUUCAGACCGUGAACAGACACGGGCAACUCACCAUGCUGCGCAGCACGGCUGAGCAAGACUGCCUAGCAGCCGAGGGGGUCCGGACUCCAGUGCUGUUUGGUUACAACAUGCAGUCUGGCUGUACACUGAGGCUGACCAGAGCUCUCCCGUGUCGGCUCAUGGUGCAGAAGGCCAAGAGCCUGCUGAAGGGCCAGGGCUUCCCAGACUACGUGGCCCCUUUUGGAAAUUCCCGGGCCCAGGACGUGCUGGACUGGGUGCCUGUCCACUUUGUCACUCAGUCAUCCAGCGUGAAGGAUUCUUGCCAGCUCCCAGUGGCUUUGGUUAUAGAAGUGAAGUGGACGAAGUUCGGAUCCCUACUGAACCCUCAGGCCAAAGUAGUCAAUGUGACCGCAACUCUCAUUGCAUCCUCCUUCCCUGAGACCAGCUCAGGAAGCGAGAGGACCAUUGUUCUUUCCACUGCGGUUACUUUUGUGGACGUGUCUGCACCUGCAGUGGCAGGCUUCAGAGCUCGGCCAACCAUCAACGCCAGGCUGCCCUCCGAUUUCUUCUUCCCAUUUGUUUGAUGAUGCUCACCUGGAAGGAUGUGCUGAUAUACCUUGUGAAAUUCGAAAUAGCAAGACCAAACGUUUCCCCACUCCUGUGUUCAAA